UAAUUUCGACUGACAUGGCAACGUUAGUUUAAAAUGGCGGUCUCAAUUGAAGACACACGUGUUCCGGACGCUCUACCCAACUUGGAAGUUUUAGUAGGUACAUAUGAAGAAUUUAACUUGGGAUUCAGAUUAACCAAAAAUCCUGAAGGUGGAUUAAGUUUUGUCCCCAGCUUUACCAAUCAUAGCCACUGUGGAAGUAUUCGCUCAGUUGCUACUUGCAAACAGUUCUUGGCUUCUGGAAGUACCGACGAAUCCAUCCGUUUAUUUAAUUUAAAAACUCGCUCCGAAUAUGGCUUUCUUCAACAGCAUAAUGGAACAAUCACUUGCUUGGAUUUUUUCCAGCAAAGCUUUCUGUUUAGUGGAAGUGAUGACGGAAAUGUCUGUGUCUGGAACACAAGGACAUGGAAUUGUGAGAAAACACUUAAAGCCCAUGAAGGUGGAGUUACUGCCAUCUCAAUUCACCCUUCUGGAAAAUUAGCGCUCACUGUUGGAAAAGACAGAGCUAUGAAAACAUGGAAUUUGAUAAAAGGCAGAACAGCUUAUGUGACAAACAUAAAGGCUGUUGCUGAUUCUGUAAAAUGGAGUCCCGAAGGAACGGUAUGGGCAGUAUCCAUCAACAAUGUAGUCAACAUUUAUGAAGUCAAGUCUGCAGGAAUCAAGCAUACCAUAGACUUUAAAACAAGAGUCAACUUUGUCUUGUUUUUAAAUGAAGACACUUUGCUGAUUGGAGGAGAAGGGCCUAAUAUUGUAACCCAUUCCAUUAGUCAACGAAAACUUCUCUCUCAGUUCAAAGCACAUGAGAGAAGAGUAAAAGCUGCAGCCAUUACUAAGUUAAACACACUGGAAGAACCUCAUUUGGUUACAGUGUCAAAUGAUGGAUUUAUCAAACUUUGGCAAAUUCUUGACAUCAAUGAGGAACCUGUUUUAGUUACUCAAGUGGACUCAACUUGUCGGAUCACAUGCUUGUCCUUGUGGACUGAGAAAAACUCCAAUCCGUCUAUGCAAAAGGAUGUUAAACCACUUACCAUUCAGUCUCAUAAUUCCUCCGGAGUGUCUGUUGAAUUAUCCAGCCCGGACAAGAAUGAUCCCCUAAAACUUAAGUCGUUGCUGAAACGAAAGAUUGGUAAUAAGGCAGUAAUUGUGAAAACUACAUCUGGGCCAUUCAUAGCUGAGCCCAUAAAAAUUAGAGAUGAUAAACGACCUCGUUUGACCUUCACUGAAUAAAUUACAGCUUAAAUUGUA